UAACUCAUUGGUAGGACCAUUCAAAGGUAGAGGCGUGGUAGGGUGGCAUCUUCCCAAAGUAAUAUCAUCUAUUUACCUUUGAAAUACCAGAAAACGUCGUUUUUUUUGUCGGCAAAUAAUAUGACCCCAGCUUUUUUAAAACAAAGUUUAAAACUUUUUUAUUUAUUUUUAACCUCUGGAAGCCUUAGACUUGUCCGUUUCUUGUACUUGCGCCUGGUGUUUGUUUACCAGCUGCACGGGGCGGCGCAUGCGUGCCCGCGCCUAUUCUCACACAGGUGUGCUCAGUCAGUGACAUCACCUCACAACAGGACGCAGGGCAGCAGGUGGAGGGAGGAAACUCCGCAGCAGUCGAUAAAAGACGGAUGCGACUCGCGGGGGGGAGAGAGCACGGACAAGAUCAUGGAGGACUGCUUCAAAACGGUGGGGGAUGUGAAGAGGCUUAUUGAGAAAAUGUCCAGCCACGUGGAGGAAAUGGAAGCAGUUCACGGCGCCAUCCUGUCCUCUACAAACCAAGACCAGAAACUCAAAGAAGAGCUGGAGCUGCUUAACAAUGAGAUCACACAGAAUGCCGGCUUGGUCCGAACAAAGUUAAAAUCAAUGCAGAAAAGCUGGUUGAAAGAGAAAACUGGUGUCUCAGUGAUCCAUCGAAUCUAUGAGAACCAGCACUCUCAUCUGACCCGCUGCUUUGAUGAAGUGAUGAGGCGACACCACCGAGCCCAAAUCUGCUUCAGAGACAAAUGCAAGGCUCAGAUUCAGAGGCAGCUGGAGAUCGUGGACAAGGCGACUUCAAAUGAGGAGUUGGAAGAAAUGCUGCAUUGUCACAAUUUGGCCAUUUUCAUAGCUGAUGUGAACUCUGAGACUCGUGUGUCGGGUCGAGCUCUGAAUCAGAUCGAAAGACGUCACCAGGACAUCCUGUCCUUAGAGUCCAGCAUCGGAGAGCUUCGUGAGAUAUUUGCUGACACAGCAAUGCUGUUGGAGAGUCAGGGGGAGCUGAUUAACAACAUAGAAAGGAACGUCACAAGUGCAGCGGAAUACGUGGUCGAAUCAAAGGCAGAGAUGGAUAAAGCCAUUACGUACAAGAAAAACCGCCUCCAGGUGGUUUCGCUCCCGAGCUUUUUCAGGCCUUUCAGAAAAAGAAGCAGUACCAAAACCAGACCAGAACCAAACCCUUCUGACCUGAACCACAACUGGACCAGUGAGCUUGAAGGUUCUAAUCAGGACUGAAGCCUGUGCUUCUAAAACACCAAAACUCCUCAGUGACAUUUGUCUGAACUGCUCUCCAGUAUCGAAGUGUUUAGCUUUGUAAUAGAUCCAAACUUUUUAAAUGAUCUGUUUUAUUAGAUACGGAAGAUAUUGGAACAAACCUUUCAGGAAAUCUGUGCCUGACGAACCGAGUCAGGAUCAGACCUGGUUAGACGCUUGAGAAACAUAUAUUUAUUCAGUCCACUUGUUAUUUAUUCUGCCAUCCAGUAGAUGGCACUAUAAUGCAGAAUAUGGGACCAUCAAUGCUACAGUGUAACAUCUUCUUUUUAAAGUUAUUGUUUUAUGUGUUUAUAGUCUGUAAUUUAACAAUAUUUAAUAAAACUGUUAAACCAAGACUCAAAUAAUUUUGCAGUUUUAUCUUCUGUAAAAAAACAAAACAAUGAAAAAUAUGAACUAAAACGUCUCAAAAAUGGGAUUGUGUGCAUCAUCAAUAUUGUCCAAAAUUCACUUUCAUCAUGUAGGUGCGUGCAAAAUUCUUUGGGUUUAUGAGUAUGUGGCGGGGGCACACAGUCCAGGACUGCUGCUUGGUGUUGCUAGUUAUUUGAAUCCCAUCUUCAAAGGCUUUAUCCAGCAGAAUAAAAACCAACAUAACUUAAAAGUUAACAUGCCACAUCUGAAGGGUGGUGGUAAUCUAAGUUUGUAAGAAAUAUUAAUGUUUUCAGACUCAAAUGCUGGUGUUUUAGGCCUUUCCAAUGCAGUCUGGGCAGAGUGAAGAAAUGGUCUGCAUCAUGGGAACAGUGCCAUGUGAACUCCUUGACUUUAUCUCCCAGACUGCAGUUCUCUACCCCACCCCCAUGUCUGCCUCCAAGAUAAUAUUUCACAGCACCUUUAUGCUGAAACCACUGAUUUCUAAAUAAGAACAGAAGGUAUUGUAGUACAAGACAAAAUUGAAAGCAAAAAAAAA